AUGUGUAGAUCUUCAACCUUAAACUCACACAAGGAGGUGGAGAUUCCAAUAGGAAUCCACAAGGCAACAGCUGAUGUAGCAAGGUGUGGUACCAUAAGAGUAGGUGGAAAACAGUCAUACAAGAAGAGGUCUGGACAACUGAAGUUCAGUUGUCACAGAUUCCAACAGGUUUAUGUUCUGAAGUUUGUUUUCCAGGAACCCGACGAUCUCCAAAAGAAACCUAUCACUCCUGCUGCCAUGAUUGUAUUCCAUGCCCAGAAGGACAUAUCUCCAAUGUAUCUGCUCAUUCUCCUGAAUGAUAGUGAAAAUUGCCAAAAGUGUCCUGACAAUCAAUGGCCAAAUGUGGAAAAAGACAAAUGUUUAUCAAAAAUGAAAGAUUUUCUGUCCUAUGAGCAGGACAUAAUGGCUGCAGUUCUUCCUUCCAUAUCUGGACUAUUUCUUAUCAUAACCGUCUCUGUAUCAGGGAUUUUCCUCUCAUUCUUGGACUCUCCUAUAGUAAAAGCCAAUAAUCGGAACAUCAGCUUCAUUCUUCUUCUAUCCCUGAAGCUGAGUUUAUUCUGUGUGUUCCUGUUCAUUGGUCACCCAGAUGAUAUAACCUGCAUGUUACGACAAAUCUCCACUGGAGUUACCUUCACUGUUGCGGUGUCUUCUAUCCUGGCCAAGACCAUUAUGGUUUCCAUCGCUUUCAAAGCCACCAGGCCUGGAAGCUCCUGGAGGAAAUGGAUGGGGGUAACACUGCCCAAUUCUGUAGUAUUGAUCUGCUCCCUUGUUCAGGUUCUGAAUGGAAUUAUUUGGUUGUCGGUUUCUCCUCCAUUUCAGGAGCAGGACAUUGACUCUUACCCUGGAAAGAUUAUCAUUCAGUGUAAUGAAGGUUCUGUGGUGGCUUUUUAUUUCAUGUUGGGUUAUUUGGGGUUUCUGGCAGCGGUGAGUUUUGUUUUGGCCUUCAUGGUGAGGACAUUACCUGAUAUCUAUAAUGAAGCCAAGUACAUCACCUUCAGCAUGCUGCUGUUCUGCAGUGUGUGGAUCUGUGCCAUCCCAGCGUAUCUGAGCAGUAAGGGGAAGGACAUGGUCAUGAUGGAGAUAUUUGCUAUAUUGGCUUCAGAGAUUGGGAUUCUGGGCUGUAUAUUUUUUCCUAAAUGCUACAAUAUUAUUAUGAGGCCGGAGAUGAACAGUAAAAGGCAGUUGCUGGAGAAACAAUAG